AUGAAUCCUCCGCCAAAACCGGCGUCAAGCCAGACCUCGCUGUUUCAGGUCUAUCUCAGACUCCGACCGCCUAUCACCAAAGAAGAAGCCGCAAAUGUUCAGCGAGGAGAGCGAUAUCUUAAUGUCGAACCUGUGGUUGCAGCAGAGAGCCAAGAUGAAUCUUUACAAGAUUCCCAUCCCAAACACAUCACCUUGCAGCCACCAAAUGAUUCUCGGAAACGCGCGGUCGAAAAAUUCGCUUUCACACGGGUUUUUGAAGAAGAGUCAAAACAGCUCGAGGUUUUUGAGAGCACCGGAAUGGCUUCGCUGAUAGACGGGGUUCUACGUGAAGGUCGGGAUGGAUUGGUUGCGACUCUCGGAGUCACAGGCAGUGGAAAGAGUCACACUAUUCUUGGCUCCAAGAGCCAACGCGGGAUGACGCAAAUGUCUCUUGACGUUCUCUUUAGAUCUUUGUCAAGCACCAUCCGAUCUGCUGAUAACUUUGAGGACCCUUCUCUCCUUCCAUCGCUCAGCGCAACCGAUCCAUCCGAAGCUCAAAUUUUCUCUGCUAGAAAUUUCAUUGAUAGUAUUUAUGGAGAUCCUAGCGAACGCAGUCGAGCUUCCAGAGCUCAAACUCCCAUGUCAAGAGCCCAAACCCCGAUGCUGGACUCUUUCCAAACGCCUGUAAUUCCACGACGCCAUUUAAAUCAACGCCUAGCCGCUCUUCCAGGUACACCUGAUGUUUCGCAUUUAACAAAGCUAGUAGACCCAGACUCGGAACAUGUGGUGCUCGUAUCAAUGUAUGAAGUCUAUAACGACCGCAUCUUCGACCUUCUCUCUCCUUCACUCGUCCCUGGACCCGGAGGAGUUAUGACUCGCCAGGGUGGAAACAGCCAGAGAGAUAGGCGACGUCCAUUGCUUUUCAAAUCAACAGAGGCCUCACCUGACCGGAAGGUAGUCGCCGGACUUCGAAAGGUUGUGUGCAGUAGCUAUGAAGAAGCUAUGAUGGUCUUAGAAACAGGCCUUAAUGAGCGCCGUAUUGCCGGUACGGGAAGUAACAAUGUCAGCUCUCGAAGUCAUGGGUUUUUUUGCCUCGAAGUCAAGAAAAAGGUCAAAAGCCGUAGGUAUGGGGAAGUGACUUGGGCUGGCAAUACUUUGACUGUAGUCGAUCUUGCUGGUUCUGAGCGAGCACGGAACGCAAAGACUGCUGGUGCAACACUCGCUGAAGCCGGCAAGAUUAAUGAAAGUUUGAUGUAUCUGGGUCAAUGCCUGCAGAUGCAAAGCUACUUUCAAGAUGGAAAUAAGACGGUCGUCCCAUACAGACAAUGCAAGCUUACAGAGCUUCUAUUCUCUAACUCCUUCCCAUCUUCACACCUGACAUCUCACAAUCGCCAUCCCCAAAAGGCAAUCAUGAUCGUCACCGCCGAUCCUCUCGGGGAUUUCAAUGCUACAUCUCAGAUUCUCCGCUACUCGGCCUUAGCACGGGAGGUCACUGUUCCCCGCAUACCUUCCGUUACGAGCACUAUUCUGUCGAGCUCUUCUAUAUCAUCUCAAAGUCGUCCACAAACAUCUAACGGCCGUACAACCCCUUAUUCAGCUUCUACAGAAGAUCUUGAGGAAGCCGCUCGGGAAAUCGUCCGUAUCACGGACGACUGUGAGGUACUGAUUCUCAAGCUUGCAGAAGAGGAGAUUGCUCGCCAGGAAGCAGAACUGAAACUCAAGGCUUUCGAAGAGAAAUUCACAUUGAUCGAGCAAGAAAUCCGUGAGGAAUGCUGGGCCGAAAUGGAGGAGAGAAUGGAAGAGGAGCGAAAACGAUGGCAGACAGCGUGGGACCAGCAGAUUGGUCGGAACGAGGAACACCUGGAUAAGAAACUAGAACUUGUCUCACGCGAUAUCAAGAUCUAUGAAGAUCCCGAACCAACUCCCGAUGAACGUGUCGACGAAUUGGAACGCGAAAAUGAGUAUCUCUACAGCAAGAUUGCUGCACUCGAGCGCCAAAUCAACGCACAAUCCCCAACACACAAGCCCAAAGCUGGGUCAACAAUUCAUGAUACCAGUGAGCUAAGUCUACUCAGCAACGAAAGCAGUGACUUAGAAAACGCAUUCCAGAAAAUCGGUACAUUUAAACUUGCCGACCAGUAUCAUCACUCCACAGGCUCAACGAAAUUAACACCAAAGGCUGCCAAGGUUACUCCCACUGCAGCCAGCGCAAAAAAGCCACGACGAGUCACUGCAAGAAAGAGAGAUCUAGGACCCGAAGAGGAUUUGUAG